AGUAUGGCGCAGAAAACAAAAGUUCGGAACGACAAUUCGAUAUUUUGGUCAAACAUUGCUAAAUCUUCCAGUGAUGAAGACUCUGAUGCCUAUAUUCCAGGACUAUCAUCAAAAGGCAAUCGACGUCCCGGUCGGCUAAAGGGCCGUAAAACAACGGAAGUUAAGGCACAGGUUCCGUUAAAGCAGCCCUUGACAUUGUUAGAAACAGUGGUGAAUGAUUUGCCGGAACGAGAUACUGAGAAAAAAAUCCGUAAGAACUCAACAACUAGUCGUUUAAAGCCAAGAAAACCCCAGAUGUCUCACAGAGCGAGCACUUCAACUGAAAGACAUGACACAAAAUCAGCUAAUCAAACCAGGCUGUCUUCUGCAGCAUUUCAGAGUUUUGCAGAGAGGAGUAUACAUCGGCUCAAAGAGGCAUCGCUGAAGGAUUUGAGACCUGAAGAUAAACAGAGGGUGGCGAACUUGAUUAAAGAACUGGCCAGGGUUGGAGAUGAGAAAGAGAAAGCAGUUCAAGAGUUACAUGGAGAGAGGGAACAUUAUGAGAAGCAGCUGAUCACCAUGGUGGAACAACAGGAGAAGAUCUUGAAUGAAAGGGAAGAUAUUCAGGACAAAUUGUUCCAGUGUCAAAAACUGUUGACAGAGUACCAAGCUCAACUGCUGAACAAGCAGGACCGAAUCAAUGACUCCAUUGCCGAAAUACAGCAAGAAGUGGUUGUUUCCCAGAGUUCCUCAGACAGGAAGUCAAGGUCAAGAGUUCCUGCCCACAGAUUAUCAGCAAAUCAAAAACACUCACAUGAGUUGUGGACCAAUCAGAACGGAGAUGACAAUGACUCAGUGUCAGAUUUAUUGCUAAAUAGCAAAGAUCCCAGGGAUAAUGUGAAACGGCCAUUCACCUCAUUAAUUGAUAAGGAGAUUGCGAAAGAAAGGUCAUUGAGUCGGGGUUCACAAAGGUCAGAUAUUUCCGGAAGGUCACAGGGAUCAGACUCAAGGUCAGAAAGGUCAAGAAGUAGGUCACCCUCUGAGGGGCGUCCAAAAUUUGCUUAUCCAGAAAAACUUAUAAGUUUAGGGCCUUUACAUGAACCUAUAGCAUCUAGCACUCACAAAUCCAUGGAAAUUAAGGCUCAGAUGUCAAAUAACUUUGACCUUGAAAGUGUAAGGUCAUCAAUCCAAGGUCAAGGUCAAAGGUAUGAGAGCAAAGGGAACAAAAGUGCUGACUGUCAUGCUCAGAAUGAUAAACAAAACAGCAAGGUAGUGUUUUCUGGUAAAGAUGAGUAUGAUGAUGAAGGUGAAAUUCAUUCUCCAAAUUUGAAGGCAACUAGCAAGCUUUUUAAUGACCCAGAAUAUGCUGUGUAUUACAAGAAGCUUUCACCAGGGGGGCGCAAGAGGGAACUUUUGAAACAGAGACAGGCUUUGUUGAUGGAACAAGAAAAUUUAAAAGGAAUUCUUGAAAAACAAGAAAGGCAAUUGAAGGAAAGGCAGUAUGAAUACACUAAAAGGCAGGAAUUGCAGAAAGAGAGAAUGGAAUUUUACCAGAAAGGUGGGAAAUUCCCAGCAUUUAAAUUAAACUUUGAUGAAGAUGAGGCUGAAAAUGGGGAAAACCCUGGUGCUAAAAAUAGAAAUGAGGCCUCAGAUGGGGAAAUUGAUGAAGAUGAGGAUUUUGAAGAAUUGGAGAGGGGCUCAGAAGGGGGAUAUGUAAGAAAAGAGGAUCAGGGCACAUUUGAGAAAUACAGUCCUCAACGGAACCUGGAAAUAGCUGUAACAAAAAGAAGGGUGUACUUUGCCGAUGACACACAGGAUGAAGAAGUACAGAUCCAAAGUCGUAUCUCUGCUGGCGCAUCACCUAUGACGACCCCUACAAAGGUCAAGGUCGUUACCAAGGUAACAUCCCCUGCGACCUCCCAGGAGUCAGAAGUCAGGUCUCAAAGGUCAGUGAGGUCAACUUUGGGGUCAGGGAGGUCAGACACAGGGUCAGGAGCACCUAGAGGGGUGGAUGCUGCCACCAGUAUUUCUUAUAGGACUCCACUGAAAGAUGCAACAAGCAGACAGGGGAACCUCACUUUAGGCGUAAAUCGGCAUAGAAGUAGUCCCUUGCACAGCAAAUACAGCCCAAGAUCUGAGAGUCUACCCUCAUCUAGUUUACCUUCUUCUAGGGUCCCAGGGGAGAAGACAUUAAAUGUUUUGGAGAUUGUCAAUUCCAUGGAUGAAGGGCCUUCCACUCCGAUCCAGAGACAGUUUGAAGAGUUAGAGAACUUUCCCUCAAAUAUUACUCCCACUAGAGGAGGUACAAAAAAGACAGUUGCAAGCUCCCGGCCACCCAGACAAUAUUCUACCAAGCUCCUGGAUGACUCGGAGGAAUCAGCAGAAGAGAGCAAAAUUCUGGAGGACAUUUUCUUCUUGUGAUGAUUGUCAAAGUUGUUGAUAUCAUGACAUAUUCUCCAUGUAGGUUUUAAAGGGGGCAAAGGGCUCCAGAAAAGGGACAGGGUUUUCUGGGUUAAAAGGGCACAUUGUAUCAGGCUGUGAAAAACUUGAAUAUUAUAAAUUUGACAAAAAAGUUGUUUUAAAUUGAGUUAAAUUAAAAUACUACCAUAGUUUUCAGUUCCUACUGUUAGAUAUGUUAAGUUUGUAGUAUAAAAUAUCAUCAAUUUGAAAGAAAAAAAGUUUUAAAUUGUGUUAAAUUUAGGUGUUAGUUUCGGUUUCCAACUGUCAGAUAUAUUACAUUUGUAAUAAUGAUACUACUUGUACAUGUAGCAAUACAGUCGAACCCUGUUGGCCCAAAAUCGUUUGGCUCGAUUCCUUGUUGGCUCGAACUGGAUGUAAUGGACUGAUUUCUUUCAACUGAAGGUAAUCCUUCACGCUCGGCUAUAACUUCCCGAGGCUUGAGGUAUUUUGGCCAGUCCCUUGAAGAUCGAGCCAAAUGGGUUCAACUGUAUAUACAAGGUGGUGAUUUCAAUACAAGAAGUCGGUGCUCAGCUCCCAAACUGUGAUAUUAUGAUAAUUUAUGUAGAGGUUUUCUCUCUUUGUUUUGCCUACUAAGUAUGGCAGAGGAAUUUCUUUGUCUUUCAUUGUCGUCUGCUUCACUCUUUCGUUUCUGUUCCAUUACUUAUUAAUGUCUUGGUGAACAGUUUUCCAACUUGUUAUGCACCUUGGUCAUGGUCAUUGUCGUCUGCUUCACUCUUGUUUCUGAUCCAUUUCUUUUCAACUGACUUGAUGUAGAGUUUUCAAACUUGGUAUCAACAUUGGUCAUGUUCAGUACACAGCCCCAUGUAAGUUUGAGGCUAGUAGUGCAAAGGUCAAGGUCAAGGUGAUCUUUGGGCUCCCAAUAGGCAACACAUCCGUUCUAGUUUCUUAUUAGUGAGUGUACGAAAAAUGUUUUUAUGGACAGUAAAGAUACUGCGUCACAUGUUUCUUAAAUUUAUUUCAAUUUGAAAAUAUGCUUAUUGAUAAAAAAUCUCUUGUGUAUAAAGAUAAGUUAUUUCAAUUAUUUUCCUCUUUUUUUUGGCAAAAAGUUAGAAGUAAUAUGUCUUAUUUUUGUGUUAUGGUAAUUUGCUAUGCAAAUUGUUUUGUUAUGCAAUAUAUGACUUCCAUCAGGUAUUUUGGGUUAUAUAUUUAUUAUUUCCUAUGUAGGAUUUAGAUUUUCUCUUUCCUCUAAAAGUUUAUUCGAAACAUUUAUAACCUAAUCUGAGUUUUACAGUGCAUAGUAUGCAAUUAUAGGCCAUAUUAAUUGUUAUGCACCCCUUUGAAGAAGAGGGGGUAUAUUGCUUUGUACACAUCGGUCGAUAGGUCAGUAGAUGACCCCUUGGUCCAAAGUGAAUAUAAUUUAAGCGAGAAAAAUUAGGAAUAUCUGUUGCUAAAAAUAGAACUGCAGUUAUUUUUUUAAAUAUUUUUUUUUUAGCAACGACUGUGGAGAAGGUUAUAUUAACUUAUGCUAAGUCACUCUCGUUGGCAUGAUGUUGCGCGAACUGCAGAUCCCAUGGCGAGAUGUUUAUUAAAGGUCAUUGUUACAUAAAAUUAUAUAUAUGUUUAUUGAGUAAAACAUUCUAAAUCUCAUGCAGAAACACUUAUUAUUAAGUUGAUUGGUUUUGAAAAUGAACUUAAAAAACAUUUAUUUCUCAUCUGAUAAAAUAAGAUGUGUUUUGUUCUGUACCAUUUAAAGCUGCACUCUCACAGAUUGAACGUUUUGACAUUAUUUUAUAUUUUGUCUGGGAACGAGCCAAUUUUUACGAACAUCCAUGGAAACCAGUUGUAUACGACUGCUGACAACAACUUUGAUCGCAGAUUUGUAUGUUUAAGCUUAAAAAUUGAUGUUUUAUGCAUUUUUCUUAAACCGUUAGUAAACCACAAAACAUUAAUUUUCGAACCAAAAUAUGAUCUGAAUUUUUGUCAGCAAUUAUAUAUCAUUGGUUUGCAGAUAUAUACGCAAACAUUUGCUCUUUCCAAGACAAAAAAUAAAAAAGUUGUAAAUAUGGUAAAUCUGUGAGAGUGCAGCUUUAACAUGUUUUUGUAAAAUAAUACUCUUUAUCAUUGUUAUAACUAUCUUUUUUGAUAAAUUGCUUAAGGUAUUAGACCCAAAAAUAUGUAAAUUUGGAAGCUUUUUACCCCUUAUUUCUUUGGAACCAUUUAAAGGGGUUUUAUUUUCAGUUUAAGAAUAUACAGAAAAUAUAACAAAAAAGUAGAACUGAUAAAUUAUUUGGCCUUGAAUGAUCAAUUAAAUUAUUUGGCCUUGAAUGAUCAAUUAAAUUAUUUGGCCUUGAAUGAUCAAAUAAUCAACUGUAUUUAUUUUAUGUAUAAUGCAUUUUUGGUCAUUCAUUAUCAUAAUACUCUUGAUCAUUUUAAUAACUAUAUUUAUUGAUAAUGUGCUUAUGGUAUAAGACCUACAAAUAUGUGAAUUUUGGAUGCCUGGCUUCCUAUAUUAUUUUGGGAUGUAUUUGCAAGUAAAGAAUUUUCUGAUUUAAUGUAUAUACCAAAACAAUAUUAAACAUAUAAUUUUUUGACCAUGAAAGAUUGCAAAAUGUGUGAUUUCAAGUGAAUUAAUAACUAGAUAUAUAACUACUUUUAAAUUACAUUAUGUACAGUCGAAACCUGCUAGCUGGAUUUCCCACCGACUGGCCAAUAUACUUAUCCAGCCAAGCGAGAAUGCUUACCUAGAGUAAAACUAAAUUGGUCCUCUAGACAAGGCCAAGUAAAACUAAAUUCGGUCCUUUAAAUCAAUUCUAAGCCAACAAGGAAAUCGAGCCAAGCGAUUUCGGGCUAGAUUACGAGCCAGCGGGCUUCAACUGUAUAAUGCAUUUUGGAUAAUUUAUUUAACGUUUUAGCAGGGACCUAUAAACCAUAUAUGGCUUAUAUCACCUUAAAGGUCCUUCAUUUUAGCAAUCCAAAACAAUUUCUUUUUAAUUGAUACUAAACAAUAACAUGGGGUAAACAGGCGUACAAAAUAACAUAAUUGUUAAUGUAGCUAUCAGAGAAAUAGCUUUAUUGUGGGCUGAAUACCAGGCCCCAAUUUCUCAAAAGUUCUUAAGAGUAAUUCACUUAUAUUAUUAUCAUUAAGCAAUAUUAAGAAAAUGAAUUAUGAGCAAGUAGUUUAUUAUCUUAUUUAUCUAAAAUAUUACACAAUUUGUACCAAAUCAAAAAAGUGUGCGGAGUUUGAUCCUGUUGUAUGGGACUGAAGAUGUUUCGAGAAAUUGGGGCCUACAUUCUAUUGUUAUGGGUUCUAUAGUUUAUCUGUAUUCAUUUGUAUAAAUAAAUACUAAAUACUG